AUGAAAUCAACCACGCAAUCCUCCAGCUUCUUGGUCCUCCUCGUCUCCUUCAUAUCCCUGACCACCGCCCUCUCCUUGCCACUCCACCUGCUCGACGCCCGUCAGUCCUCCUCCCUUUCCUCUUCCCCGGACUGCGAAUCCUACAGCAGGAUAGCCAAUUUCUCGGUCGUCGGCACCAACGCCACCUACCGCGCCGCCUACCUCGCCGCGUCGCCUCAGGGCAGCGACCCGGCCCGGGCCCCCCUAGACCAAGCCAUGCUCAAACUCCCCGGCCUCCAAUUCAACGCCACCCUGAACAGGGAGUGCGGGAACCUCACCACGGUCGCGUUUGACGGGGCAGAGUCGAACUUCACGAGCGGGAUCGUGUUGCAGUUCAAGGUGAACGCGGCCGCGUCGGCCAAAGCGGGUGCCACGUGCGUGGCGGUCGUGGCGGCGAUGCUUGCCCUCAUAAUCGGUGGUCUACUGUGA